CAGUCGCGGGCUAAUUAGCAGCUAACGAGUCAUUGCCUGCGUUCGUGAAACGUCCAACGCAACAAAGGCGGCGCCGGCGAUGUGGUUCGGUAAUAGUCGGGUCAGCCCACGAUAGCGGGUUAUGGCUUUAUUACGCUGACAGCUAACUUUUCAAAACCGUGUACAAGACUAAUCUCUUAUAAUGUCCGAGGAGUUGUGGGACCGUGUCCUGGACGCCCAGGAGGCAACAAGUUCGGCGUCGCAGGUAAGUUGCAAAGCCUGACUUCCCACGGACGAUGGCUGGAGUGCGUGGUCCAUUAACCAUGAAGGAAGACGUGAAUAGCAACGUUCUGCCGGAGAAGGACUUUGCGGACUUGUGGAAGGAGGAGGACAAAGUGGACCUGGCUAAGCAGUCCCUGUUAAAUAAACUGAUCCACCGCUCUCUGGUGAGGAACCGAAACCAGGUGGAGGUUCUUCAGCGCGACCCCACCUCCCCUCUGUACUCUGUGAAAACGUUUGAGGAGCUCAGGCUGAAACCUGAGCUUCUUAGGGGUGUGUAUGACAUGGGUUUCAACAGACCGUCCAGGAUCCAGGAGAACGCUUUGCCCAUGAUGCUGGCACAACCACCUCAGAAUCUGAUUGCCCAGUCACAGUCUGGCACAGGUAAAACGGCAGCUUUUUCUUUGGCCAUGCUCAGCCACGUAAACCCAGACAAUAAGUGGACUCAGUGCCUUUGCAUCUCGCCAACGUACGAGCUUGCCCUGCAGAUUGGUCAGGUAGUUGAACAAAUGGGCAAAUUUUGUCCAGAGGUGAAACUGGCUUAUGCCAUUCGUGGAAACAGAAUGGAGCGUGGAAAAAAGAUACAAGAGCACAUUGUAAUAGGGACCCCAGGCACACUCCUCGACUGGUGCUCUAAGUACAAGAUAAUUGACGCCAAGAAGAUAACAAUGUUUGUCCUGGAUGAAGCGGAUGUGAUGAUUGCCACACAAGGGCAUCGUGACCAAAGCAUUCGAAUACAUAGGCAGCUGAGUCAGGACUGUCAGAUGCUCCUAUUCUCUGCAACGUUCGAGGAGUCUGUCUUGAGGUUUGCAGAGCAUGUUGUGCCUGACCCCAAUGUCAUCAAGCUAAGACGUGAAGAGGAAACUUUGGAAACGAUCAAACAGUUUUAUGUGCUGUGUAGAGAGAAGGAGGACAAAUUUGCAGCACUCUGUAAUUUGUAUGGGAGCCUCACGAUUGCUCAGGCAAUGAUCUUCUGUCAUACUCGCAAGAUGGCUGCUUGGCUGUGUGCGCACCUGAUCCACGAGGGCCACCAGGUGGCGCUGCUGAGUGGGGAGAUGACAGUGGAAGAGAGAGCUGCGGUGAUCGAGCGUUUUCGGAGUGGCAAGGAGAAGGUGCUUGUGACGACAAAUGUUUGCUCCAGAGGUAUUGAUGUGGAGCAGGUGUCUCUUGUGGUGAACUUUGACCUGCCUGUGGACAUGGAUGGAAAUGCAGAUAAUGAGACAUACCUUCACCGGAUUGGUCGCACGGGACGAUUUGGUCGACGAGGGUUUGCUGUUAAUAUGGUUGACAGCAAAUACAGCAUGGAUAUCAUUAACCAAAUAGAGACACAUUUCAAUAGGAGGAUCACAAAGCUUGACACAAGCAAUCUUGAAGAAAUGGAGAAGCUGAUGAGCUGAACUGAAUUCUGCAAAUGUGACUUCUUUCAAGAGUGGUGGUGGUGGUGUUGAAUUUGGUUGUUGUUGCAUUUGGUGGUGGUUGUGUUGUGUGUUUUUUUUGUUUGUUUUUUUUGUAGAUAAGAAAAAUGAAUAAGUCAUUGUUUGUUCUUUUCAUAUGCCGGUUAGAAGGGUUCUGCCUGUGUCAAAGACAAUUCUGUUGGGUGUCUUUGAAAAGUUCUCACAUUUGAUGGACCUCGAUAUUUUAUUGAAGAUUAAAAAAAAUCACCUCA